UUUUUUAGGACUGCCAUCUCCAUUAAGGCCUAGGAAAAAACCACCUCAUAUCAUGCGUACUCCGACUGUGAAGUACAUUGAUACGUCAGACUGCAAACAGAGAGCUCUGUAAAAAAAAAUGCAGCAAUGACUGGAAUACUUUUACUGCUGUUGAUUCUCAAGCCCUUCUGUUCAGCAUCUCCUCGACUUUCGGAAAAGCAUGACUGCCUGUUAGAAAACAGUAAACUACAACAGAGGUUAAAAAUGCUCCAAGACCUAUCCCAUGUGUGUGAACUACAGCUGAGAGACCUCUUGGGGAACAACUACCACAGAAAAAAGAGCAAGAUUUUCUCAGCCAUGAGAACACGACAGAAUAUGGUUUUGCCCACAACUAGUGGAAGCCUGUUAGUCUAUGACCAAGAUUGCGCAAUGGUGCUUAACAGUGGCAAAACUGAAAGUGGCUAUUACAGAAUUAAGCCCAGAGCAGAUAGAGAACCUUUUCUUGUGUACUGCGACAUGUCAGAUGGGGAAGGAUGGACUGUGAUACAACGGCGCAGCAAUGGCAAAGAGAAUUUCUACAGAAGAUGGGCUGAUUACAAACAGGGGUUUGGACAGCUCCAGGGCAAAGACGAUGAAUAUUGGCUGGGAAAUGAUAAGAUCUAUCACCUGCUGCAGAGAGGGGAAGCGUUGUUGAAAAUUGACCUGAUGGACUGGCAGGGGGAGACGAGAUAUGCCAUUUAUGACAAUUUUCAGAUGAAGAAUGGGAAGGAUAAGUAUAGGAUAUGGUUUGGCACCUUCUCUGGGACUGCAGGGGAUGCUUUAUCUGGAGGGGGCAACUAUGAGCAACAGUGGUCGGCAUCACUCAGUGGAAUGCAGUUCUCCACCUAUGACAAGGACAACGACAGGUUCCUGAAAGGCAACUGUGCAGAAGAGAACAAAAGCGGGUGGUGGUAUAACAGAUGCCAUGCAGCAAACCUCAACGGACAAUAUUAUAACAACGGGGAAUAUACCGGUUCCACUGACAACGGAGUCGUUUGGGCAACAUGGCGAGGGCUGUGGUAUUCUCUCAAAUACACCGCCAUGAAGAUCAGGCUCCUGUCUUUUGUUGACAUACAGAGUGGAGAUGGUGAACACUAAAGCGAUCCCAGUAUGCAUGUCAAAGACAGUAUACAGCGCAAAUAAAUCCUUUUAGGUAUUAUAUGCAUUCUUCAGUUAGAUUUAAAGAUCAGUUCAAUUGCAAGUGACAAAACUAGAGCUACACCGGCUCAGCAGCGACUUCUAAAAUUUUUACAGCGAACACAUCAUGAGCUAUGGGGCAGUUCCCAUGCUGUGUUCUGCUUUGGGCUUCUCGUAGCAGUUGAUUGUCUGAUUCUGCUAAUUGGCCAGGUAAAGAAUCAUGUUCCUAUGGCUUUUCCUCUGUAGCACAGACUAGCAGAAACAGGUUACUGUUGAGGGGAGAAUAGAACUGUCAACCAGCCAGAACUAAGAAGGAAGGUGUUGCUCAGUUUACCCAGAGAAAUGUGUAAAACAGUCCUCAAGCUUGUUUUCCUAAUUCGAAACAGAUGCAACAUUCUCAAUUACAGAAAAAAACCCUUUUGUCCUGCAAAAACAAAAUAUGAAAAUGUUGUAAACCAUCCAGCAGUGAUCAAUUCUGCAAAAAAUUGUAUAAUCCAUUUUUCUUCGUUGAGUGCACGGAAUACCUUCCCCUUAUUCCCAAAAUUAAAACAUUUCCCCCAAAGAGAAACCAUUUGGCACAACAAUCCUUUUUUUAAAAAAUGAUGUAUCAGAGUCCUUCCCAUUAUAUAGUUUAUUGGCUCUGGAAGGUUUGGAGGGGAAGGAAAACCCAAAGUGGGAAAUCUAAUAGAAGCAGACUUUGUCUCUUUUCCUAGAAGAAUUACAUUUUAUUUUGAGUAAAUUAAAAUAUGUUUUUUAAAAAUAGAACAUGUUGAUAUUCUAACAAAACCCUGCACAUCUUUGCUGGGAGUGGAUGUUUGAACAUAGCACCUGGGCCAUAUAUUACCUGAGACCUCUCCCUCAAAAAAGUGCAAAUAGCGAUGCUAUAGGAUAAAAUGAUUGUGUGCAUAUUCAUAAUCUGUGGAAUGAAAUUAAGGAACUGGCAGCAAUAAUGGAAAACAUGUCUUCCCCAACCCAAGUAUUAGGAAAUGUAGUUAUAUGAAAAGUUCCUUUAUUUUUGUAUCAGUAUUUUUUAAUCCAUGUAGUAUAAACUACUUUCUAAACUG